AUGGAGAGCCAGUCGGUCUCGCUGAAUGCGCCCAACUUGAGUGUCGGUGAAAGGGUGCGGAUAGAGGGGCCCGCUCCCCUCCUACUUUGGAAAAAUUGUAUUGGGUCCGUUGUCAUGGAAAUCGCAGGACACUUAGAUGGAUUCGACAAAGAUGGGGGUUCAAAGGAACAAAAGCCAAAGUGUAAUUCUCCUAAAGGCGUCAGAAACAUUAAAAGGGAAUAUUCAUCGUGCGUCCCUCAUAUGAAGACCGCGCUUCUCUUGGCACACCAGCAACCGAAUGUACACAAAGAGCAUUUUGCAAAAUGGUUACUUUCCGUGAAGAACAUAAUUUUACACCGAAACAGACACACAAGCAACACAUUUGAGGAGUUGUGGGGCUUGGGAUACGUAGUCCUGAGUGCGCACCAGAGUGGAACAACAGCCUUUGCGCUUGGGAGUAGACUACCUACCGAGAUGGCCAACAAGGGGACUCAACUUCAGAGCCUGUCAAAAGUGUUUUUUCUGCUCAGCAUAAUGACAGUCAAGACCAAUCCACUUGAGACGGUCAACGUGGUGGACUUCUGUGGCCAGAACAUCCAGGGCGAUGGGAUGAUAGUCAACUCACACCAGGAGUCCAAGAAGUACUACUUUGUCACCAUGGGAACGGACUGCCAUCUCACUAUGCAGGCCGCCUCCCCCAAGGACAAGGUCCAGUUCCAUUUCCGCUUCUUCCUGGUCUACAGCCUGCUUCGUUUAGCACCCCAAAGUCCAUCCCCCCUCUUCCCUGAGUCCCCUGAGUCGACUCCAGUGGUGGAGCAAGGGGACCCAUGUCAUGCGGGAUCAUACAUUCAGUUCUAUGAUGGGCGGGACAAGAACUCGCCUCCUAUUGGACCAACGCUGUGUGGGAAGAGCCCACCUCGUCCGGUGCUGUCCACAGGGAAUCACCUGACCCUGCGUCUGGUGACUCAAGGUACCCUGCCUCGAGUGGAUUUCGUGGGGGACUUCACCUCCUUCAGACUGGGUUUUAACCAAUCAGCGUGCAGCAGUGAGCCUUACUUCCCAUGUCGGAAUGGGAAGUGUAUCCCCAUGAGUCUGGUGUGUGAUGAAAAGGGCAUUGAUAACUGUGGGGACGGGAGUGACUUGGAGGAUCACCUGCCCUCAGGGUGCAAAGGUCACUCAGCAGGUCAGCUGGCCCCAGCCCAAGCCCCUCCCCCAGCAGUGACCCCACCACCCCCUGUCUUAAACGCGCCCACUUUGCCCAUGUCCACCAAUAGGGACUGUGGCACUCCGGACGGCGUACCCCAUCACGACUCAGUGACAGAUUCUCCUCCCUACCUGUCCCUUUUGGCUCUCUACAUCGCCUUGGGUGUGAUAGCUGGCGUGGUCCUGCUGUGCUGGUGCUGCUGGUCUCCAGGCUGGUUCCUCUGGAGGAUCAGCAUCUGCCGCUUCUUACCAUGCUGUAACUCAGCCUGUGCCUCCUGCCAGCUCUGUGCCCGUAGCUGUGCCCAGAACAAGGAGCACCGACCAGCUAAGGUCUCACCACAAGGACAGGUCCCAACCAACGGUGCUGCCUUGUCCACCCUCACCACAUCCACUGCUAACGCCACCACUCUCGCUGUGUAGGGGGGGCAAUGCAGUCGCUAUGUAGCGCAGGACUGUUGUUGCUAUGAAGCAUAACCUCUAUGAUAGCUAACAGUGAGAUAGAUGGACUCACAGACAUGAUGACCCAGACUUCCUGUUUUAGACUGAUGGAUUGAGAUGAUACUUGUCUUUUUGCUGGGUUACAAGGACUCUUAAUGUCAUGGAAGAAGGAGUGCUGCAAAGCUGAGACCGUUCUUAAAACGGGGAAAGGCUUUAUAUUAUAUUGUUUUAGUCACUGUAGGUUCUUGUUUUCUGGUGCUUUACACAAUGAAUGACUGAUGCUACGUUCUUCGGACUGUUUUGUAUUUAAAAGUGUAUUAGAUUGGAUUCAAUAGAGGGUUCUUCUCUGAGUGUAUAAGUAACCUAGGGUCACCUAUUCAAUUCUAUCUACAGUUGAAGUCGGAAGUAUACAUACACUUUGGGUGGAGUUAUUAAAACUCGUUUUUCAACCACUCCACAAAUUUCUCGUUAACAAACUAUCGUUUUGGCAAGUCGGUUAGGACAUCUACUUUGUGCAUGACACAAUUUUUCCAAAAAUUGUUUACAGACAGAUUAUUUCACUUAUAAUUCACUGUAUCACAAUUCCAGUGGGUCAGAAGUUUACAUACACUAAGUUGACUGUGCCUUUAAACAGCUUGGAAAAUUCCAGAAAAUGAUGUCAUGGCUUUAGAAGCUUCUGAUAGGCUAAUUGACAUAAUUUGAGUCAAUUGGAGGUGUACCUGUGGAUGUAUUUCAAGGCCUACCUUCAAACUCAGUGCCUCUUUGCUUGACAUCAUGGGAAAAUCAAAAGAAAUCAGCCGAGACCUCAGAAAAAAAAUUGUAGAUCUCCACAAGUUUGAUUCAUCCUUGGGAGCAAUUUCCAAAUGCCUGAAGGUACCACAAUCAUCUGUACAAACAAUAGUAUGCAAAUAUAAACACCAUGGGACCAUGCCACCGUCAUACUGCUCAGGAAGGAGACGUGUUCUGUCUCCUAGAGAUGAACAGACUUUGGAGCGAAAAGUGCAAAUUAAUCCCAGAACAACAGCAAAGGACCGUACAAAAGUAUCUAUACCCACAGUAAAAUGAGUCCUAUAUCCACAUAACCUGAAAGGCCGCUCAGCAAGGAAGAAGCCACUGCUCAAAAACCGGCAUAAAGCCAGACUACGGUUUGCAACUGCACAUGGGGACAAAGAUCGUACUUUUUGGAGAAAUGUCCUCUGGUCUGAUGAAACAAAAAUAGAACUGUUUGGCCAUAAUGACCAUCGUUAUGUUUGGAGGAAAAAGGGGGAUGCUUGCAAGCCGAAGAACACCCUCCCAACCGUGAAGCACAGGGGUGGCAGCAUCAUGUUGUGGGGGUGAUUUGUUGCAGGAGGGACUGGUGCACUUCACAAAAUAGAUGGCAUCAUGAGGAUGGAAACUUAUGUGGAUAUAUUGAAGCAACAUCUCAAGACAUCAGUCAGGAAGUUAAAGCUUGGUCACAAAUGGGUCUUCCAAAUGGACAAUGACCCCAAGCAUACUUCCAAAGUUGUGGCAAAAUGGCUUAAGGACAACAAAGUCAAGGUAUUGGAGUGGCCAUCACAAAGCCCUGACCUCAAACCUAUAGAACAUUUGUGGGCAGGACUGAAAAAGCGUGUGCGAGCAAGGAGGCCUACAAACCUGACUCAGUUACACCAGCUCUGUCAGGAGGAACGGGACAAAAUUCACCCAACUUAUUGUGGGAAGCUUGUGGAAGGCUACCCAAAACAUUUGGCCCAAGUUAAACAAUUUAAAGGCAAUGCUACCAAAUACUAAUUGCGUGUAUGUAAACUUCUGGCCCACUGGGAAUGGGAUGAAAGAAAUGAAAGCUGAAAUAAAUAAUUCUCUCUACUAUUAUUCUGACAUUUCACAUUCUUAAAAUAAAGUGGUGAUCCUAACUGACCUAAGAGGGAAUGUUUACUAGGAUAAAUGUCAGGAAUUGUGAAAAACUGAGUUUAAAUGUAUUUGGCUAAGGUGUGUGUAAACUUCCGACUUCAACUGUAUGUUGCCAUUAGAUUUCUAGUUACAAAAGCAUGAGAAAUCCCACUCAGCCUGCUCCCACUGAAAUGUUCACUUCCCACACAUGUAUGCCCCUUACCCAACAGGGACUAUAUUUUUGUUAAUAAAAUAAAUCCCACUCCUCAGUUUUUUUAGGUACUUUAUGUCCCAUGUUGGGGACACCACAUGUAUGUCGGUGCUCAUGUAUGCCAUGUAAACUGACCCUGCCUCGAGUAGACACAUAACCUUUCUUAAUUUACCCUCCGUGCUUGUUGUGUAACUACACUACAGUUCAGAAGUUUGGGGUCACUUAGAAAUGUCCUUGUGUUCCAUGAAAACAUACAUAAAAUUAGUUCCAAAAUGAAUAGGAAAUAUAGUCAAGACGUUGACAAGGUUAUAAAUAAUGAUUUUUAAUUGAAAUAAUAAUUGUGUCCUUCAAAAUGUACUUUCGUCAAAGAAUCCUCCAUUUGCAGCAAUUGCAACCUUGCAGACCUUUGGCAUUCUACUUGUCAAUUUGUUGAGGUAAUCUGAAGAGAUUUUACCCCAUGCUUCCUGAAGCACCUCCCACAAGUUGGAUUGGCUUGAUGGGCACUUCUUACUUACCAUAAGGUCAAGCUGCUCCCACAACAGCUCAAUAGGGUUGUGAUCUGGUGACUGUGCUGGCCACUCCAUUAUAGACAGAAUAUCAGCUUCCCUAAAUAGAUCUUGCAUAGUUUGGAGCUGUGCUCUGGGUCAUUGUCCUGUUGUAGGAGGAAAUGGGCUCCAAUUAAGCUCCUUCCACAGGGUAUGGCAUGGCGUUGCAAAAUGGAAUGAUAGCCUUCCUUCUCCAAGAUCCCUUUUACCCUGUACAAAUCUCCCACUUUACCACCACCAAAGCACCCCCAGACCAUCACAUUGCCUCCACCAUGCUUAACAGAUGGCGUCAAGCAUUCCUCCAGCAUCUUUUCAUUUUUUCUGCUUCUCACGAAUGUUCUUUGUGAUCUGAACACCUCAAACUUAGAUUCCUCUGUCCAUAACACUUUUUUCCAAUCUCCGUCUGUCCAGUGUCUGUUUUCUUUUGCCCAUCUUAAUAUUUUAUUUGUAUUGACCAGUCUGAGAUAUGGCAUUUUCUUUGCAACUCUGCCUAGAAGGCCAGCAUCCCGGAGUCGCCUCUUCACUGUUGACAUUGAGACUGGUGUUUUGUGGGUACUAUUUAAUUAAGCUGCCAGUUGAGGACUUGUGAGGUGUACAUUAGACACUUUAAUGUACUUGUCCUCUUGCUUAGUUGUGCACCGGGGCCUCCCACUCCUCUUCCUAUUCUGGUUAGAGCCAGUUUGCACUGUUCUGUGAAGGGAGUAGUACACAGCGUUGUACAAGAUCCUCAGUUUCUUGGCAAUUUCUCGCAUGGAAUAGCCAUCAUUUCUCAGAACAAGAAUAGACUGAUGAGUUUCAGAAGAAACGUCUUUGUUUCUGGCCAUUUUGAGCCUGUAAUCAAACUCACAAAUGCUGAUGCUCCAGAUGCUCAACUAGUCCUAAAGAAGGCCAUUUUUAUUGCUUCUUUAAUCAGGACAACAGUUUUCAGCUAUGCUACCAUAACUGCAAAAGGGGUUUCUAAUGAUAAAUUAGCCUUUUAAAAUGAUAAACUUUGAUUAGCUAACACAACGUGCCAUUGGAACACAGGCGUGAUGGUUGCUGAUAAUGAAUCUCUGUACGCCUAUGUAGAUAUUCCAUUAAAAAUCAGUCGUUUCCAGCUACAAUGGUCAUUUACAACAUUAACAAUGUCUACACUGUAUUUCUGAUCAAUUUGAUGUUAUUUUAAUGGACCAAAAAUUUGCUUUUCUUUCAAAAGCAAGAACAUUUCUAAGUGACCCCAAACUUUUGAACGGUAGUGUAGAUUAUACUGUUCCCCCACCUCUGUCUUGAAUGAUUUUGAGAGGUGCUCUCGAGGCUUUGUAAAGGUGACACAUGCUUGACUAAAUGCUGUUUCUCUACUCUGAGUUGCCAAGCGACAAUUGAAGGUAUGCUCCCCCAACCACUCAACCUCUCUCUCUCGGUCUCUUGCUCUUUCUCAGAGACUUAACGCAUAUGGAUAUAACCGUGACUUUCCUCAGGAGGUCAUGGACUGUGCUGAAAGAGAUGAUAAUGAAUAAUGAAUCAAGUGCAUUAGUAUACUUUUCUACACUAGGGCUUCUGCCUACCUUUUAGACAUGAUAUCAAAAACAUGUGUUGUCAACAUCACAAAUAAGAAGACAUGGGGCUUUGGUUCUGUCUCAUUGACCAAAAUGAUUUGUGUCCCUAGAACUACUAUUGUGUAAAUACAUUAUUUCUCAUAUGUUUCAGAUGUUUUAUUUUUUACUUAUGGUUUAUUUUUAUUCAGAAGGCUAAAUAGAUGUUCUACCACUGCCUUUGUACUAUUGACACAACCUCCAUAUUCAAAAGCAAAGUGUGUGUUUUUUAAAGCUGAUGUUUGUUUGCCUGAAGUGUCAUCAUCCGACCUGGGUUCAAAAUGUGUAUUUGAGUAGCUGGUAUUUAAAAUCCAUUUAAAUAUUUUUAAAUACUCAAUGCAGCCCAAAACAAGUAAAAUAGUAUUUUAAUUGUUAUUUGAAAAAACAAAUAGUCUACCAAAUUGUAUUUUCAAAUACUUAUUUCAAAUACCAUUUUCAAAUACUUUCCAAGUGUGUACUAUAUGUGUACAUAUUAAACUACUUUUUUUUUCAAAUAUAAGAUAUUUGAAUACUUACUUCUAAAUGUUAUGUGUAGAUAAUUGAGGUAUUUGAACCCAGGUCUGGUUAUCAUUAUCUAUGUAUACUUAUUUACUCCAUGGUAUUUGAUCCACAAACAAGGAAAUUGUUUUCGUAUUCACCACUGUCUGAUAUGUAAAUAUAUGUUUGACAAUAUUAAACUUAGAACAUUAA